AGCUCAACCAAUAACAAAGAACUUCUCUAGCCGCUAUAAUGUUUGCACUGUGGUCACAUGACUAGGUUGCUAAGAGCGAUAUGAUGCUAAGCCAUGUGUUGACAACCUGGCUUAUUGGAGAAAGUUAGCCAUAAUACCGAAAGGAACCUUAAUCUGCGCUUCAUAUUUUUGGAAUUCUUUCCACUUUUGGAGGCCAGUUAACAACAUCCUCUAACCAUGGAAUUUCUAGGACACACUCAGACAGCUUCCUAUAUGACAGGACCCCGCAUGGGGGGUAGCGGAAACCCAACAUUCCUGCCAUCUAUCAGCACAAUGCAGUCAUCAUACAAACCAUACGAUACAUACCCCGCUCCUUCCCCCCUCAGGCGCUCACUGACAACUAUGCCCUGGAGACCAAGCACCUAUUACCAGACCGCCAAAGUCAACCCCAGUUCUGCUGUUACAAAAAGUAUGCCCGAACCACUUUCAACCACUAACAGAUUGUCCGAGUUAGACAGUAUUAAAGUCCCCCCAGUAUUUGCUGCUGCCAGAAACGCCCUUUACACAAGGUACACUCCUAAUGAUUGGAUGCGAUCCAACUCUGCUAACUACCAAGCCUCAGACCGUGUCCGUAGUGGAGCUGAGAGGCUACGAUUUGAUACUGCUAGACUUUGUAGAGAAACUGAUGAAAAAACAAAGAGAGCACAAGCCGAUGUUGGCAAAAAAUUAGGAGAACGUAUCGGGGACAUUCAAUUCUGGAAAACAGAAGUUUGUAACGAAACAGACAAUAUGAUCACAGAAAUAAAUGCUCUAAAUGAAGCCAAGAGAAUAAUGGAAAAAUCACUAGCUGAAACAGAAAACCCACUUCACAUAGCUAAAGAGUGUUUAUACAACAGAGAAAAGCGUCAAGGGAUAGAUUUAGUCCACGACAAUGUAGAACAGGAAUUAAUCAGGGAAGUCGAUGUAAUUAAAAGAUGCCAAGAAAAAAUGAGGCAAACAAUUGAGAAGGCUAACAUGCAAAUUGCCUUGGACCGUGCUGCACAGCAUGAGCUAGAGAAAGACCAAAGUGAUAAGCACCGUGCACUGAAUUUAGACAACACUUGCCACCAGCUUCGUAACACGUCACGUGGUCUUGCUUACCACGAUGGCAUCCAAAGAACUGAUAAUACCGUUUCUGUACCAGAGACCUGGGCUAAAUUCAGCAACGACAACAUCCAGAGAUCACAAAGUGAGCGUGGUGCAUCGAAGAAUCUUAGGAAUGAAAUUGAGGCUAUCCUCAACCAGUGUGCUAACGAUAUGUGGCAAGAAUGGAACGCUAGCAACGUUGGACUCACACAGAGAAUCCAAGAGACCGUUGAUGCAAGAAACAAGCUUCAAACUCAUCUUUCAAAGACUCUUCAAGAGAUUUUCGACAUGGAGAAGAAUAUCGAGCUUCUGAAGAAAUCCAUUCAAGAUAAGGAAGCUCCCAUGCAGGUGGCCCAGACCAGACUUGACACACGUACACACAGACCAAAUGUUGAGUCAUGCAGAGACCCAGUUCAACACAGAUUGGUUUCUGAGGUGGGUGAGAUUUCCGAAACUGUUGACUCUCUACAGUACAAACUUCGUGAGGCCGAAAAUGCCCUGCAACAUCUUCUCCGUACAAAGUCUAGUCUUGAACACGACCUCUCUGUCAAAAAUAACAGUCUGUUCAUUGACCGUGAAAAAUGCAUGGGAAUGCGUAAAACUUUCCCUAUGUCACCACGUGUGGCUUCAUACUAGACAUUUGCUAGAAAUUUUGUAAUCCAAUUUGUUAUCACCACUUUCAAUAUCAAUUAUCAUCUUGGGAAUCACUGAGAAUAUUGAUUAUUAAGGUAUUAUAAACAACCAGGCGUGACAGACUGAUAUCUGAUUCAUUUUAUAUAUCUCUUAAUUGGAGUGGUGAGAACAAACUGGAUUGACUUACAUAAAAGUAUUAUUUCACACAUCGAUGGUGCAAUUAUUGGGGAAUGAAUCGAACAGAGACUGAAGAAAGCGAAGAAGUAGCGCAACGCCAUCUUUUAAAUUAUUUUUAUAUUAAGAAUUGAUAAUGAUGAAAACUAGACACUUUAGAAAUGACAUUUUUCAUAAUAAUCAAUGUUGUCGACAAUUUUUCAUAAUUUCCUUAAUAAAUACUUAAAGUCAUUUAACUGUUAGUGAAAAAGUGAAAACACAACUUAGGAUGGAUUUGUAUAAUGUAUACAUUAUUGUUAAGAAUGAUCAUAGAAUGUAGAAUGAUAGAUUAUUAUAGAUGCCAUAUGCAGCAUACAUCUGCAUGUAUAUUAUUGUAUAUUUUUCAUAUAUGUACAUUUUUGUAUUAUAUUCAUAAAAAAUGAUGUACAUAUUUUUGCAACACAUGCAUGAAGCAUGAAAUGCUAAAGAUUCUCUGAUAUUAUAGAUAAAUGUUGAUCAUUUACGGUACAGUAUAUAUGAAAUUGCUGAUUCCAUCCAUUCAAUUUGUAUUUAUGUAAACAGUUUGAUUUUUGGUUUUUAUCUUGUACAGAUUGAUUUACAGUAUUUAUAUCACAAUAAACUCUUAUAUGCAUCAACAA